AUGUCGUCCAAGAAGGCCUCCAAGGCGGCCGCCGAUAACGCGGGUGAAACCGCCGCGGCGGCUCCUGCGGCCGCUGCCAGCACUCCCCUCGGCCCCCAGAACAAGGGUGAACAGGUCUUCGGUGUGGCUCACAUUUUCGCUUCCUUCAACGAUACCUUCAUCCACGUCACCGAUCUUUCUGGCCGUGAGACUCUCGUCCGUGUUACCGGCGGUAUGAAGGUGAAGGCUGACCGUGACGAGUCGAGCCCCUACGCUGCUAUGAUGGCUGCCCAGGACGUUGCUGCAAGGCUGAAGGAGCUUGGCAUCACCGCCGUUCACAUUAAGCUGCGCGCUACUGGAGGCACGAGGUCCAAGACCCCCGGUCCCGGUGCGCAAUCUGCCCUUCGUUCGCUUGCCCGUUCCGGACUUAAGAUCGGCAGGAUCGAAGACGUCACUCCCAUCCCUACUGACUCCACCAGGAGAAAGUGCGGUAGGAGAGGUAGAAGAUUGUGA